GACUUCCGCCGUCUGGCAGGACGUGUUUCAUUGUAUGCGUAUUGUGGCGGCGGUGUCCGCUCGGUAACGGUGUUUUCCGCGCUCGGUGGGUCAGUAGCGGCUCUUCAGCGCGGGUCUGUGAUCCUCCGCUCGGUGUCCGGGAUGAACGGCUUCAGCACGGAGGAGGACAGCCAUGACGGGCCGCCCGCGCCGCCGUUCUUUGGGCAGAGCUGCUGUCUGAUAGAGGACGCGGAGCGGUGCGGGCGGCCGGCGGGGAACGCGUCCUUCAGCAAGAGGAUCCAGAAGAGCAUCUCCCAGAGGAAACUCAAGCUGGACAUCGACAAGAGCGUCCGGCAUCUCUACAUCUGUGACUUCCACAAGAACUUCAUCCAGAGCGUGAGGAACAAACGCAAGAGGAAGACCAGCGACGAUGGAGGAGAGAGCCCGGACCACGAGGUGGAGGUGCCCGAGGUGGAUCUGUUCCAGCUUCAGGUCAACACACUGAGACGCUACAAGCGGCACUACAAGAUCCAGACCCGACCGGGCCUGAACAAAGCACAGCUGGCAGAGACUGUGAGCCGUCAUUUCCGGAAUAUUCCCGUGAAUGAGAAGGAGACGCUCACGUACUUUAUUUAUAUGGUGAAGAGCAGCAAGAGCCGGCUGGACCAGAAGUCAGACAGCAGCAAACAGGUGGAAUAACCCAUCAUCAGGGGCACAGGACCUGAGUGAAAGCAUGCAGAGACGCUCGUGCCUGCCGAUGCUGCUGCGGUGUGUGUUGUCCAGAAGAGCCGCAUGCUUCAGUUUCUCUGCGAUAUCGUAUCACGUCACCGUUCUUUUGUUUAGCGUGGUUCUUCUUCUUCUUCUGUGGUGGAGCGCUGUACUCCUGCUCCACAGAGAGUCUGCUGUUAGUUUCCUCCUCUUUCUUUAAUACUUUGACUAAAUACAGUUAUUGUGGCACUA